AAUACCAAUCAAUGCAAAUCAAAGCUGUUAUUAGGAAGUGCGAUCCUUUAAAAGAUGAGCGCCGAGAGGAUCAUCUUAUUUUCAAGACACAUAUUUUUCCGUGUUGUUUUGCGGCUCUCGUUGCGUCCACAGCUUUAGUUCUCGCCUGUGGAGGGAAGAUGACUUUCUACGAUGGCAUUUACCCGUUCUACCCGCUACAAAGGAGCCCGUUCAUCUUCGACAUCAGCCUGCUGGUCGUGAUCCUGGUUUUCUCGGUUCUGGCUGUCAGCUUCCUCUUCAUUCUACCGGGAAUACGUGGCAAAUCGAGACUGUUCUGGAUGUUCAGGAUAAUCAUUAGUUUAUUUAUUGGAGUUGUUUUAGUUGCGUUGAAUUUUACUGGAGACUGGGCUGAAGCCAGUGUGAAGGCAAAUGCCACCUACAAAUCCUUCAGUAACGCUGUGGUGUCUGCUGAGGUGGGACUUCAUGUGGGGCUGUAUGGCAUAAACAUCACACUCAAAGGCGAACCAGUAUCACAGAUAAAUGAGACCAUUGACUACAACGAGAUCUUCAGGUGGUCGAGCAGCGUGGAUGAGCAGUACAGCGAUGCGCUGGAGCGAGGUCUUCCCAACCCCAUCCUUUACAUCGCAGAGAAGUUCACUCGCAACAGCGCCUGCGGCCUCAUCUACCAGUACAGAUACUCAGGCCGCUUCGCCUCAGCCAAUCUGUGGACGGCUUUUUGCUGCUGGCUCGUGGCCAAUGUCCUCUUCUCAAUGCCUGUCAUCCUCUACGCCGGGUACAUGAUGAUAGCCACGGCUGCUUUCAUCUUCUUCUCCAUGGCUUCCUUCUCAACUAUAUUCAGCGUGACCUCAUGUGACUUCAGUAUAGGUGCAGAGUCCUUAAGGACAGACUACAGCCAUUCCUUCUGGAUCGCUUUGGCUACAGGUUUGCUGUGCGCUGUGAUUGGUUUGGUGGUGGUGCUACUGGACUGUCUGUUUCCCGCGAGGAUUAGGGAGGUAUUCAGUGUGGGCGUGGACAAUGAGGAUGACGAAUGCCAUACUGGUGAAGGCUACCUCAACUCAGGCUUUCUAGAGGGAGUGAUCUAUGAUAACAACACACAGACAGGGAAUAGCUCCAUGUCUCAGCAGAUCACUACAUUAACAAGACUUUGACGGGCGGUUUGUUGUCAUCCACAACUACUACUUGAAAACUUGCAGACUGAAUUGCUGGGAGCAUCUGUAUAUACAAUUGUUACUGAUCCAACUGUUCUAUUCAAACUGCAUAUUCAUAUGUUUAUAUGUAC